UCGUGAUUGUGCGUGUCGAUCACUACGGCCUGCUCCUGCUUACUCUUCGCCAUCUUUUGCAACGUUGAUAGGUCUCCACACUCGUACUUGUCGUGCCAUUGAUUCUCCGUCAAUCAAUCUCAGUCCUUCUGUCAUAGUUCACGGAAGUUUGUAGAUAUUUCAACAGCUGUGGCAAGGAAGAAGCUCUGUCGGAUUGAUGCUGUAGUGUAUAUCGAGCACAUACUUGCAGAUCACAUUUUAUUCGUAAGUUCCUGCAGUCUAUUUCAGAAUACCGUCAAGACCGCAUCAGCUCGAUUCACAGAUUAUCAUGCUAUCUGCUCGACCCGGAAGUUCAUCAUCAAGAGCAUCAAGUCUUAGCUAUGGCCAGAGACGCUCUCGCGUGCUUCCGUUCGCGAUAGAAGAAGAAUCAGACCGGGCAGAGAUGCACCCCCGUCGCACAUUAAAUGACGUUCGUGAGGAAACCGCACAGAGUAUGGCUCUGCGUGCAAUCCGCCAAGCCGAGACAGUCGACGGGAGUCGCAUCGGAGUCAUUCUGACACUCUCCUAUACCGCCAAUGAGCACUUUCUCCUGCUCAUCGCCUCAUCCCUCAAACAUGCCUUGCUCACUCGUACUUUCCUUUUCGCCGUCGCUGCUCCUCGAACCACUCCAGACAUUCCCGGCCCGGUGUUGUUUUGCGGCUCUUCGGACGAUUUCGUGCAGCGGGCAGGAAUGUUGUUUCAUGCCAAGUUCGUCGGGAGGAUCGCUAGUGCUCCUGUCACUGGAAAGGGACUAUGGAUAGGCUCGGCGCGGAAUAUUGGAGCAUCGUCAUUUGAUGAAGCCGCACUAUGGGAUAUUGUCCGAAAAUCAGCACGUAGUCUCAUAGACCCGCUUGUUCCGCCUCCCGGCUCAAGGAGUGCGGCCCAACUAUUGUCCGAUGCCCGUGCACGUCUAGAACGAAUCACACCAAAGACUGCCUACAACGAGUUGCAUGAUCCUGCCAGCCCGUGGCCGAUCGUACUUGUGGAUAUCCGUCCGGAGGCACAACGCAGGACUGAAGGCACGAUCAAUGGAGCCCUUACGGUCGAACGCAACAUGCUCGAAUGGCGAUUCGAUCCCCGAUCUGCAAGAAGGCUGCCUGUGGCGAACCGUUACGACUUGCGUGUCAUCCUGUUCUGCCAGGACAGCGAUACCUCUUCUCUUGCUGCAGCGUCAUUACACGAUAUAGGAAUGCUUAAUGCGACUGAUAUCAUCGGAGGUUAUGCCGCAUGGAAGGAGGCCGGCUUGCCAGCAGUGAUCAAUUCUCCUGUCUCACCUUCCGAACCUAGCGAUGAAUACUGAGUUGCAGUGCUCAAUAAGUGAUUCGCUACGACGGCUUUCUACACGAACUCUGGACAUUCUGGCGUUGGACAUCAUACUUUCCGUCGCGUUCAAUAACUCAUACCACUCCAUUAUUUACUAGUAUCCAGAUUAUCAAGUUACCACACUCUAAUCACCACUGAAAUGAGAGAACAGUCA